AUGCCGACACAAUCUAUUCCCAAUCUUAACACUCUGCGACGAGGCCGAGGCGUAACACGAGGUGGGUUGUUAAGUCGUGCAAACCAAGGAGACAAAGACGCAACUAUCCGAGCUACAGAUGACGACGCUGCGUCUUCCAGAAUGAGUGCCGUUGAAGCUGGCUACCUUAACGACCCCUUCGCAAAAUAUCUAGCUCCUGAGAACUGGCAGCGAAGGCUACCCUUAAUGAACAGAGUGGACACAUUCCUGUCUUCCAGCCCCGAAAGAAAGCAGAUCGUCUCUCUUGGAGCAGGAAGUGACACAAGGUAUUUGAGACUCAAACUCGCUGGCAAGCACAACAAUUUCGUUUACCAUGAAGUAGACUUCCAGCAAAACAAUUCCUCUAAGAUUGAGCGUCUGAGGGAUUCCCAAUGCGUGGAAGAAGUGCGGAAUCUUUGCGAUAUCGACCUUGAAGAAGCAAGCAUAGGCGAAGGUGAACUCGAGUUAGCUGAAUAUGCUAUUCAUGCUGCUGACCUCCGCAAACUACCAGAAAGACUCGUUUGGCUCGACGAUACUCUACCGACAUUGCUGAUCUCAGAGUGCUGCUUGAUAUAUCUCUCGCCCGACCAAGCUGACCAUGUGCUUGACUAUUUCUCGAACAUGCUGGGCUCGGUGCCUCUUGCUGUCGUCAUCUACGAACCUUUCAGACCGAACGAUCCUUUUGGGAGAACGAUGAUCAGAAACCUGACCACACGAGGUAUCGUUUUACAAACAAUUGAAAAGUACUUCGACUUGGACAAGCAGCGACAGAGGUUGCAUGACCACAAUUUGGAAGCACGAGCCCUGGACACAAAUGAAUUGUGGCAGCACUGGGCCAGUCAAGAGGAGAAAGAUAGGAUAGAGAGACUAGAAUGGAUGGACGAAAUCGAGGAGUUCGUGUUGCUGGCGAAGCACUACUGUAUUGCUUGGGGAUGGCGCCAGUUUCCAGACCCUACAGUCUGGCACAUGCUUCCAGGUCCAGCAUGA